GUGCUUCGGAGCCUCGAAAAGGGUCCGUUGAUCUUCUUUUUGGCCUAUGUUUACAUCUGUGUUACCUGCUGGAAGGUAAUGCAAUCAGUAUCCAAGAUGACUCGGUAUAUGCCCAUCACCGCAUCCGUGGCGGUUUUUGAGUUCAAAUUCCUUGCUCCAUGUAUUGCACUCUCUUUGAACACCUUUUACUGGCUUUCGUGGUCGCUUACCUUUGCUAGCGAGCUCUCUUUGAUGGGCCUGGUGUUGAGUUCAUGGCAGAUAUCCAGUUUUCGCAACCAUCCCAGCCGUAUAAUUUUCGCAGCCUGGACUGCACUUACAAUCUACAACCUCCUGCCCUCGAGAAGCCAAACCAGUAUAUCUGCUAGAGUGACAAAGUUAGGCCUUCUCUGCUUGGUGGUAAUGAGCAUGUUCGUGGUAAAUGAUGAACUUCCGGGAUUCCAGUCCUCGUCGUCGCUCAUCAAUAUCUCGCUGGCCAUUAAGCCCAUCUGCUCAUUGGCUCUAGUAUGGGUCAGCAUUGCUACUAUCGAGUCUCUCCUGGAGCUUUCAGGCAUGAGAGCCUUCAUCAGCACCAAAUAUUCUUCCAAUGUUGCCAGGAUGGGAUUGCUUUUGGGAUACUAUUUUUUGGCAGUGCUCGCAAUGGGCACGAUUGCUGGAAUGGCAAACCCCCUCAUAUCCACAGGUUUCGAUGGUCACAAAAUGUCUCCGUUUGCUUUUGCGCUUAUGAGCCUUUUCGCCAAUACGGGGUGUUACUUGAAGGGUCCUUUCAGCGUAAUUAUUCUCACCUCGCUUUUGUACGCAGCAAACUUCAAAAUAUUGUAUGGCUCCAAAUGCCUAAUCGCAUUGAGCGAGACAGGAUUUCUCCCUAAAAUAGUGGGCUUCAGAUCCAAAGAAGGAGUUGCCCCUAUUGCAAUCGUCGCUGCCUCUAUGUCAGGGUUAUUAUCCUUCUUUCUGAAUAACCAAUGGGUCGCUCUUGCUCACAUCAUUUUGAGCAGGUUGUGCUUUUUGUGCAGCGUAUUCUUGUGGAUCUUCAUCGUGGCUAGUUACAUUCACUUAAGCAAGGUUUACCUGCUCAAGACAUUAACCAAUGAGUUAGUUUCCAUGAAGGAGAGGUUUCCUACGCAGCUUUUCGUGCUUAAUUGCUUUACGGUAUUGAGUGUGGUGCAAGUUAUUGUGCUCAGUGGGAGCAAUGCUUGGUACGGUACCUGGUUCUCCCUGAAUUCUUGCUACAUUUCAGUGAUUGUUUUUCCGCUUGUUGUUACUGGCUUGAAGCUUCACUGGAACGAGGCAUUGUUCGCACAAAUGACUGACUUCAACACGUUUGAGGGCCUGAAACCAUUGGCUUUG